UGGUUGGGUGGGAUCCGACCCAACCCGACCCGCUCGCUCCUUAAACCCUCGCUUGUCGUCGCUUCGCUUUCUCCCCAACUCCAACUCCCGCUUCACGCCCACACCAAUGGACCCGCAGCCGCCACCGAUUUGCCGGGAGGCGUGGGAGGGCUGCAGCGUCCUCCUCGACAUCAAUGACGGCGACCGCCUAGCCUUCUUCCGCCUCACCCCCGGCGCGACGGUGAAGAUUGGGAACAAGACUUGUUCACUGAAGCCGCUCGUGGGACGCCCCUUUGGCUCCCUAUUCCGCCUCGGCGCCGGCGGACUCGUUCCCUGCGCCGCCGCGGACGCCACAUCUCGUGAUCAUAACACGCCAGAUGAUGCCAAUGGACAAACGCAGGAUGAAACCAGAGACAAUAGGUCUCUGGUUGAUAAUAAUACAGCUCAAAAUUUAUCUAGCGAUGACAUAGAGGCAAUGAAGAGGGAUGGUGCAACUGGUGACGAGAUUGUAGAAGCUUUAAUAGCAAACAGCUCAACAUUUGGAAAUAAAACUGUCUUCUCACAGGAGAAGUACAAGUUAAAGAAACAAAAGAAAUAUGCGCCUAAAGUUCUUUUGCGACGCCCUUCUGCUCGAAGCAUUUGUGAGACAUACUUCAAGAAAACUCCAGCUCGUAUAGGGUUUAUGCGAGUUGACACACUAUCUCUCUUGUUGUCUAUGGCAAACAUUGGUGCGUAUUCAGAUGUGCUUGUGGUUGAUAUGGUUGGAGGUUUAGUUGUUGGAGCUGUAGCCGAACGUUUAGGAGGUACAGGGUAUGUUUGCAGCACAUAUCUUGGUUCAGCACCCAGCUCCAUCGACAUUAUAAGAAUGUACAAUUUGAGCAGUGAUAUGGUCAGCAGGAUUGUUCAGGCGCCAAUUAGUGCCCUAUGUUCAAUGCAAAGUUCUGGGAAUACCCCUUCUGUUGUCAAUAGUAGCGCUGAAGGGGAGAUGAUAGAACCUGCUGUAGAUGAGGAUGCACAAUCAUCUUUGGCACAGCAAGUGGACACAGCAGUGCCAGAUGAGAAGGCACAGUUAUCAACAGAUCAGCCAAGUGAUAUGGAGGUCUCGGAGCCUUCUUUGGAUGAGCAUCUUGUUCAAGAUGAGAAUUCUUCAUUAGGUGGCAAAGACAGCGACGGUACCUUAAAUGCUUCAAAACCUCCUAAACCUGGAAAAGCACCGUCACCAGAAAAGAUGAAAUAUUGGAAGGAACAUGGCUUUAGUAGUUUGAUUGUUGCUGCCCCUGGCCACGAAGUAGAGCGUCUUGUUGCUGAUAUGCUUCCACUUUUGUCUUAUUCAGCCCCAUUUGCUAUAUAUCACCAGCAUCUCGAGCCUCUUGCAAAGUGCAUGCACAGCUUGCAGUUAUCAAAGAUGGCUAUUGGAUUGCAGCUUUCUGAACCCUGGCUGCGUGAAUACCAGGUCCUUCCAUCUCGCACCCAUCCACACAUGCAAAUGAAUGCUUUUGGUGGUUAUAUCUUGAACGGCAUAAGGAUACACAAUCCAGAUCGUGUGGUAGCAAACAAGUGAGUCGUCAAUAAAGGCAUGCUCCAGCCUUUCAAGCAAAAAAAGAAAAGGAUGGCACGCCAUUUUUUUUUACCUUAAAAGGUGGUCAAAGUUUUGUGGUGAACUUGCGUGUAAACCAGUGUGUGUUUUAUCAGACAGACAUACGUCGCCAUGUUUACAGAGAAUAGCAUACGUCGCCAUGUUUACAGAGAAUAGCACCUGGGAGUAGGACAAGGGCAUCGCUACCAAUAUGUAUGCACCUGAGAAUAGCCUGCGUUGCUUGUUUGCUGUAGUUUUUAGUUAAUUCGUGCGGAACUUAUUUACGAUAUUUGAAUCGUGUGAAAUCUGUUUCCAUGAUAUACUACUACUUACAAGGGUGAUUCUAGAAGUCGGUUUAUUUUAGUA